AUGACGGGCGUCGACCCAAAGACCGCCCAACAUCACCUGAACAUAUCGCCCGAUGCUCGACCAGUGAAGCAGAAGCCACGACGGCAAGCUCAAGACAGACAACAUGCUGUCCGUGAAGAGGUGGAGCGACUCUUGGCAGCAAGCUUCAUUGAAGAAGUCAAGUACCCGCGAUGGCUGUCUAAUGUAGUCCUGGUGAAGAAAUCUAAUGGGAGCUGGAGAAUGUGUGUUGACUACACUAGUCUCAAUUGUGCAUGCCCAAAGGACUGCUAUCCCCUCCCGAGGAUCAACCAGCUGAUCGACGCAACCGCCGGGCACGCCCGCCUUUUGUUCAUGGAUGCCUUCUCUGGCUACAACCAGAUCAGAAUAGUGCCCAAGGACCAAGAGCACACGGCUUUUCUCACUGAUCUAGGGGUGUAUUUCUACAAAGUUAUGUCGUUCGGGCUGAAGAACGCCGGUGCUACCUAUCAGAGAGCCAUAAACAAGAUGUUCGCCCAACAGAUCGGGCGGAACAUCGAGGUCUAUGUCGACGACAUGAUCGUGAAGAGCCAUGCGACGGCGGAUCACCUGACCGACUUGGUCGAAACGUUUGCCACACUGCGGAGGUAUGGUCUGCGACUCAACCCAACAAAGUGUGUUUUUGGCGUCAACUCGAGAAAGUUCCUCAGAUUCAUCGUAUACGAAAGAGGAAUCGACGUCAACCCGGAAAAGGUCCAAGCGAUCAUCGACAUGUAA